UCAAACAGGGAACGAAAACUCAAGCUUCAAGAACUCAACCCGUUUAUCACAUGCAAACUUUGCAGUGGCUAUUUGAUCAGGCCAACUACGAUCACAGAAUGUCUUCACACAUGUAGGUACCAGUCAAAUACACAACCCUUUGUUACACUCGCCGUAAUUUGUCGGCGAUAAAAACGGAAUAUUUUUAAUUAUUGCCCACCGCGUCUUGUAGUAAAAUUAUCGCCAAAAUCCGGUAUCGUGUUUUGGUAAUACAAACAUCGUUCACCCCUUAACUAACCUAAAACCCAGUAAUAUAUUUCCAUUUGUUGUAACUCCUCUGGUCAUUGUGCUAAAAACAUCUGCGCUCAUUUGUUAUGCAGACCAUCAAACACUAUUCAUUUCUUUAUUAGUUUAACUCGUGGAGUCGCGAGACUUUUUUCAUAUUCCGCUAAAAUUAAAUCUACAAACGUUCUGUUGAUCUACGACCAACGAAUUUUCGUUUUUGAAUUCGCUUUUAAGUGGUAUUAGCAAACUUGAGCGCACUGGUGAUUUUCGAGCGCUUCUCCCUUGUCGCGUCAUAAUUAUUCAUAAGAUGACACUCUUUUGACACUUUGAGAUAAUUUUAUUAGAUACAACAGUGGGUAGUGAUAAGCCUGAAAUAUGAUAACAAUCUUGAAACUUAUAACAAGAUCAGUCACUAAAAACGUCCACUACCCGAAGCUGCUAAAAGUGCGGUCUUGUACAAUGACAAUCAUAGGAAAAUUUAAAUGGCUUUCAGCCCGACCUCCAACGGCGAAUGCUUUGCAAACGCACAGAUGCCCUGGGACUUGGCAAUUGUUCGCAUUUCAUUAUGUAUUCUGUGUAGUAGGAGAUAAUGAAGUACUCUAAGGGAAUAUACAUUACAAUAUUAACAGAUCGCCCACGGGUAUCCAGCAUGAUAAGACGUUAAGAUGAGAAUAUGAAUUGGGAAUCAGAUCCCUGAGAAAGAGAAUCGCAUUUGGCGUGAAUAAGUUCAAAAGAUUUGCGAAAAAGUAAUCCAGUUUGCCUUUUACCUGGGGAAUAGCGUGAGAUUUUUGAAGCUGUCGUACAUGGUUUACGCACGAGGAGAAGAAAAGUUGUUGCGCCGAAGGCGGGUUAAAGUAAGGGGGUCUGGGGGCAUGUUCCCCCAGAAAAUUCUUAAGUUUAGGGUCUCGGAAAUGCCAUUUCCAGCGUUUUCAGUAAAUUAAUACGAGGGGAAAUGCAGUAGUUAGUUCUUAAGUUUACCCAUCUCUAGUGUUGUCGGUAAGAUACAGUGUUUACGGAAGAAAAAAGGCCAGUGACGCUAUCAGAAUUAUGGAAUAAUUAAAAGAUAGAGGAAAUAAUAACACAAACACACCUAUAGUGCGAAAAAUGUAUCAGUCAUCCCGAUUCAAUGGUAAAAAAAAUUAUUUGUCAGGAAAUAAUUUUAUAUAGCUGGGCAUGGACGCACGGGAGGCGUAUGUGCGUUUGUGCUUAUAUAUUGACGCUACGCUCCUGCUUCCGUUUUACAAUAAAAGAACUGUGGGGAAUUGUAAACAUGCUCAGCAACAACAAAGGGUCUACUUAACUUCUGGUUUCAAGUGUGUAUGCUUUGAGGUAAAAAAGAUAUCUUCUUUUGCCCAGGAGUGGACAGCAUGAUUUUAAGUUUCUGAGGAGUUGCCUUUAAAAUUCGAUUAUGGUAUAGUUAGUUCAUUUGAGCGAUUUGAGGAUUCUCUUUAUUGGCGUUCCCGAACACAUUUCGGACCCGAAAAGGCCGGGACUUCAAGAAGCUCCAGUCUUUUUCGGGUCUUUCGCCUGAGCCGUAUUACGGAUACAAAGCUGCAAGGUCUAGCUUGUUUUUCGGCUUCCACCGCUUAAUUGCAUUUUACUGAAACCUGAUUCUCAGCAAUAAAACUGACAAAAGUGCUAAUUAAAGUUAAAAACGUCGCAAUCGUGAUCUACUCCAACGCAUGUUUGUACGUUAACAUCAGAUUAUUGGCUAAAAAAACUUGGUCGAUCGGGCAUUUUCCGCUAAAGAGUCGUGUGAGUUGUUAUGUAACUUUUCUAUGUCUUCAUUUCUUGUGAUCGACGUUCAGCUCUCACGUAGAAAUCUUUGAAUUCUACGUUUUAACGUUUACCCGAUUGUGUCCAGAAACGGAUCUUUUUGAAAAUGUGAAAUUUCGUGUUUUUUUCCAUUUCGUUCUUCGUUUUCGAACCUUGGCAAUAAGCCCAGCGCCCUGCUGCUUAAAAAAUCAAAAGAUAUUCUUCAAUACCUUUCUUGUACUUGAAUGAACUCAAGUGUGAGCACGAAAGGUUUAGUACCAGCGCAUGUCAUCUAAAGCCCCAGUUACAGGGGAACAGUAUCAGCUUACAAGGGACGACUCAGACCUUUUACAUAAACAAUGGAUCAAAGUAAGGAACCGAUUAAAUGAGAACGAAGCGGAACGGUUAACAACUUCUGUUCGGAAUUCACAUUUUAAUUCUUGAAAAAGGUAUGAAAAAUUGCCGCGGAUGGUCGGACCAUUUUAUAGAGCUACAGUCUAACCUCUUCUUACAGACAUCUCUGUAUUAUGGACAGUUUGUUUGGUCCCAGAAAUGCCAAAAAUCAUACAUUCCCUCCCUCUAUAAUACGGACACCUCUGUAAAGCGGACACUUGGUUCUAUCCCUUUGGUGUCCGUACUAAAGAGGUUUGACUGUACUUUCCAAAUGGCCUCCGAUCUGAUUCAUGUCGUUGGGAAAGAUUUCGAUUCCAAAUUUCCGAGUGAAACGAAAACUCAUUCAGUCAAACUCCACGCAAAUUCACGCAGACCCAAAGACGAAUUUUAGUAAAAAAAUCCAUCUGCGCACUGGAUUACAAUCAACAGGUUAUGGCCCGAGAUUCUUUUGGAUUUCGUGCUUAAAUCCCAUUUACCCGAUUGACGGCACCCUGAGUCUUUUCCCGCAUAGGUCGACUAACGGUCAGUUUACAACGGCCACCUGACCCUUUCUCAAUGCCAUUGCAGAGAGGGUCUCCUGUGUCAGGUUACGCCAGAGAACGUCAAAGCGGAAGAUUUAGAUCGCAAAUAUUCGCGUUAAACUUUUCAGAUAGAUCAUAAUUUUUUAUCAUUUUUUACCCCUCUGCCACAGCUUUCAUAUCAAAUAGAAAUACAACACUUAUAUGCAAUUCCGCGCUGUAGUAUUAGGAGAAGUUAAUGAAGACGUCGACCGCCCACCCAGAGGGGUACUCAACAAAUGUUUAUACGGGGAGGUUCCGCCCCGAGGUCCAUACCUAAUUACAUACCUUUUUCACGAGAAAAGUACCCCUUUCGUACACCUUCUAUGGACAAAUGGAACCCCUUUACAUAACUUGUUUAGAACUUUGCAUCCCUUUUAACUCCUGAAAAUGCACAGUCUUUUAAAUAGGAAUCAAUCACAAAAAUAGAACGUUUUCUCGACUUUAUAAAGCCAUGAAAUUCAUCUGUUAGCCCUUUGGGCCUUUUUACAGACCUAAAUGACAGAUUUCCCUACGCUUCUAUAUACUUCAACUAGUGAAUUCUCUACCCUUUUAUAUACCUGAAGCCUGAAAAAGAUACGCCUUUCCGGAGGAGCCUCCGCGUAUAGGUCGUCAUAGGGAGCACCCCUUCCGAGACUGGAUCUUGGGUGACGCGUUCUCUAGUGUAAAGUCAACUCAACCCUGACUCUACUUACUUAUGUCGGUGCUACUUGCGCGGCACGCUAAUAGCAUUAUGGUCGUUUCCGCUUAGUUUGCAGGUCCUGUAUUGUGAAACACUUGCAAGACAGUGACGACAACCAAUGUCCAAUUUGUGCAAUUCUUAUUCACGAGACUAACCCGUUUGACAUGCUCAGGUAUUUAUCAUCAAAAAUCUUCUACUCUUUGUGUUAGGGCUAGGGUCAGGGUUUAGGGUCAGAGGGUUAGGGUUAGGGUUGGGGCUAGGAUUUAGGGUUAGGGUUAGGGUUUAGGGUUAAGGGUUAGGGUAAGGGUUAGGGUUAGGGGUUAGGGGCUAGGGUUAGGGUUUAGGGUUAGAGGGUUAGGGUUAGGGUUAGGGUUAGGGUUAGGUUUAGGGGUUGUCUCGGGCAGACAAAUAAUGACAGUAAGAGAAACCAAAGACAAAUCAAAAAUGAAAUUAUAAAAAAAAAAUUCCAGGAAGGUAACGAUACCCUAUUAAUUUUACACCUCACAUAAUGUUGGCUAGCAUUUUGGCUAAAGUCAGAUCAUUCCAGAAUCGUAUUUUGUUGGGUCUAUGGUAAGGAAGAGCUGAAAUCGUUGGGCACCCAACGAGAAUAUAGUUCAAAACCACUUAAACAUAGCAUUGUUAAACGUAUUUUAGUAUUUAAACGGUAGAUUUAGGCAUGUUUUUAUUCGCUAAAAAUUUUUCAUCUGUUCGGAUUUCCUAGCUGAAAGUCUAGUGAUCCGAAAACUAAAGGGAUCAAAACUUACCUUUUCGAAAAUUUCAGCCAGAAAAAAGGCUCCCAAAAAUUCUAGGUGAACUUUUUAGGGUAAAAAUCUGUUAAAAAUCAGCAUUUAUACCAUUUUUUAGAUGUUCGAAAAUCCUAGGAGAGGCAGGCAAGCAAGAAAUUUUGCAAAAAAUGUUCUGAAAAUUCUAGAUCUCAAAUCGUCUUCCGAACAGAUAUUUUCCGAAAAACUGACGUUGGGUGCCCCUGUUCUCUCCGUUACAGAAAUCGCGCCGAAAUCACUGUUGUUAUGUUUGAACAGAAGCCCUAUCGAGUAUGGUUUUCGUGCAUGCGCAAACGCUAUGCGAUAUAGUGUGAACUAAAAGAGAAUAAUCUCUUGGUGUGAACAUAGCCUAAUUUUUCAUUUUUGAUUUGUCUUUGGAUUUGGUAAUCUAUGGCAACUAAAGUUUGAAUCAGUGGAACAUGGCCCACUUAGCAGGUGCGGGGUUUUUAAGGGAAGAGAAAAAUUUCGAUGAACAAACUGGCGCCUGCCACGCAGGCUAAAAGAGACAUUUCAUAUUAAAAAUACGCGUUUUGCAAAUUACGCAAAACUAAAUUCAAAUAUAUCUUACUCUACUUCAAGUUAUCUAGCUCGGUUCUGGCGUCAUAGCGCAACGUGCUUGAAGGACAGCAACUUUCAUAAUAAUAUUGAUUGUACUCAUAGUAGUUUUCUUAAGUUAAUCGUUUGUAUUUUUUAACAGGUCGGACCAAACCUUGGAGGAUGUAAUUUACAAACUUGUUCCCAACCUGCAAGAAAGUAAUGAUAGAAUUUUUAACCUUGCAUUGUCGAGCUAGUUAACACUAAUGGAAGCGUCAUGAAUAGUCGUCUUUGAGUUCUAUUAAAUCCAGAAACGAAUUGGAGUGUAAAAAUCUUUAAGAGAGUCUGUUACGAUACGGAUAGGAUGCGAUGUCAAAACGAGCGGAAGUUAUUUUUCUCCUUUCGAUCACGACAUUGCUUCUGAUAAACAUACUUUGUGAAAACUCAAAUUCACGCAAGUGGAAAAAAAUGCUAAUCGGGAAAACAGCUCGACUCAUUGACGGAUGCUCUUCUCGAAAUUCCGUUUAGAUUAAAUGGGUUUUAUCCCUUAUGCUAAUCAGCUUCUUAAUCUGCUAACUUUUGAAUGAACUUUUCUGAGUUUCUUACAAUAGAAUCAUUUCUUGCCGGAUAAAUCCAUAGAUCCAUUCAGCCGCGAUUAAGCUCUGAGUUUCAUAAAAAAGCGCCUCCCUUUGAAAAGGAUGGUUUUUGUAAGGUGCUGUUGAUUUUUAAUGGCUUACGGUCAAGCACUGCAAAGUUUGGCAACGACAAAGAACAUUUUUUUUUUGACCCCAUACUUACGUCCAGGAUUGCCAGUAUCUAGGCGAGUGUGUAAACCAGUACAAUGCGUUUGCCACUUCGAUCCCACGGGGCGGGGAACGCUCAUCGGUCGGAAACUAAGGAUUAAAUCUCUAAUACGAGACCAAUCUCAGAGUGGCUAAGGCUUUAUUUGACCCUUAAGAGAGACCAUACUCCAACAAAGUAUGAUGGUGUUUGCUGCUUUUUUUUUCCGGUGGAUAUUUUUUUACGCACACUCAGUCAUCCUAAUAUUUACCUUCAAGUAACGCGCAUCCCCUUUCCUUUUCAUCUGGGGGUGCUCCUCGUUCGGUUAACACUAGAAGGGCCGUAAUAGAAUAGAGACUCUUGUUCUUGGGCCAUCGUAGUUUGAUCAAAAAUAAAACCCAAAUAGCGGUGAUAAACAUUGUGAGUCUCGACAUUUUUAUAAACUUGACGUUUUGUAUGCUAUUCAACAUACUUUUUACAUUUUCUCCUCGGUCAAGGCACGCUAUUAAUAGUAAACCCUUUAAGACGAUAGAUUUUUAGUGAAAAGUUUUGACUCACGUACCCUUCUCCAAAAAGGAAGCUAAAGGAUGGAUAUUUGAAUAAGGUGUUUCUUUAUUUAUUUGUUCCAGAUGAGCAGAAGCGGGAGAUACACUUCCAUGAAGAACACAAAUCAGAUGAAGAAAAGGAAACAAACGAGGAAAAUAAAGAAAACAACGCGGCAAGUAUGUUGAGCGAGCCUCUGUUCAUUUGGAUAAAUUUUUGUGAUGAUAGAUUUUGUAUUCUGUAAAAAUUUUCAAUAAAUGAUGAGCAAAAUUGUAAAAUGUAUAAAUUUUUUGUCCAACAAUGAGAAAGACAGAACUUUGAAGACGCUAUUCUCACUAUGUAAUCUCAUCUCUAGUUCCAGAUUCAACCACGGACGAGCCCGCGGGCAAAAGAGUGAAACUGUCAGCCGAUGAUUACGACAGCAAAGAAAACUUUCACCGCGAUGACCCACAAAUUGGCGUGUGCCUGGAAUGUUUGAAGUGAGUUAAUUCUUAUUAUUAUUGAAUGAUUACAACAAGACACCGACAAGUAAAUCAAGACAGAAACCUGUCUUCUAAUUUUCGUCAGUUAUUAUAACGGUCGAUGCAUUCGACGAGGGAGAACGCGUUUUUAUCUUGCAGGCAGAAGAAAUUGACAUCAGAGACAUUUUUGGGGACUGUCAUUUAUUAUUCGGGCUCUUCCCUAUCCUCUUCACAGGGGAAUUUUCGGCCAGUAAACGGUUAACUACUUUGAUACGGUGGGAAAACUGGUUAUUCUGCAACUGCCUCCGUCGAACACACGUCCUCAACGCGCUUAGGUUAUGUCUACACUAUACCGGAUACUUUUACGCCGGCACGAAAAGCAGACCGGAUAUGGUUUCUGUUCACACGUAUGAAGAGAGAUUUUGGCGUGAUUUUUGUGACAGGAGCGAGGCCGCGCCGCGCCGAUCUCUAAAGUGGAGACUCACAUAUCGCAUAAGGGUUCACACUGCAUCUGAUAGCUUUUCCUGUGGGCCUAUCCGGCCGUAUAGUGUGAAUUUAGCUUUUAUUAUAGCAUCCCGUGCCUCGGUAGCUCUUUUAUAUGCAAUCAUUCAAAUACGGAGGGGACAAUACUAUAUAAAUAAACUCUUCAUAUGUAGACGCGAGAGUCCGCCUGCUUAAUUUAAUGAUCCUCAAAGAGAUCGAUCUGCCAGCUUAUUCCCUGCUGAUUUGCCAGAAACAGCUUCACACUGAAGCCAUUAACAAAAAUAAUAUAUAGAUCUAGCCAGAGCUAAAAGGGAAGCUCCCUUUUAUGCAUUUACAGUUUAUUUUAGACAAUUAACUUGGAACCGUUGCAAUGAAAUCCACAGAUAUAUAUAUUUAACUUUAGGGGAGGCCAUAUGACUUUUGAAGACUAGCUGAAAAACAUAAACUUGACCUUGCGAUCAAUAACAAGGUAAUAUUAAAUGGUUGACAGAAAACCUACAAAAAACACGUCGCCUCGAUAAAUUGGCACCUGAGCCCGCGUUACGGUCAUGUGAUUCUGGUCAGCAGAUACCCUGUUUUGACAGCUGUCAAUUGACCAUAAUAUGGAUGUUUAUUAUCAAGUUAAACACAGGUUACAGACUCCCAUACCAGAUAGAAAAUGUGACACUUCGCACUUGUGGUGCUGACUGACGGACGGACGCACGGGGGGACGGUCACCUGGCUACCAAAAUUUCUCGGAUGCAUAGAUAGCCAAAUUUUCGUAUCCAUGGUGCUCCGCUGCGCGCCGAGAGCUUCGUUUUAAGAUAGCGGUGAGCAGACGUGGUUUAUAAAGGAAGUGAACCACGUGUAUCAAUUUCACCUCGUUCUGUUUCAGUGACAACUCACUCCAAGAUCCACCUGUGAGAGAACUGGUUCGGAAAUACAUUCGCUGUUCGUCGCGGCUGACAAUAGCGCAGGUCAAGAAAUUUUUGAAAGUCAAGCUUGAUCUUAAAACAGCGGACCAGGUAAAUAAAUAAACAAAGUUAACUUCGCAAUUCAUUUCAAUUAAAACUUAUUACUGUAAGUGACAGAGAAGUUUCCGCUGUUCCGACGUUUAGUAUUGUAAAGAGAUUUUCUUCAAAACCAAUAAAUGUUUGAAAGUUACGCAGAGCUUUCGGAAACCGCCAUCCAGACCCCUUCAUCUGUGACGUUUGCUGUUAUUCGCAGCCUCGUUUUGAUUAGGUUGCUUAACUUUCAAGAACUUGUUGUUGUUGAAGAAUGUUUCUUAUCAUUACUGUUAUGUAGUUGAGAUUUGAAAGUAAUUCUCUAAUUGUGUUGGCUUUGUCUCUCUAUGAUAGGACAGAAGCAAAUCAUAACAUUGGCAGCUGAUUCAAAAAAUAAAAUAAAAUAAACAAAAUAAAAUAAAAUAAAGUUCCAGCAUUGCAACUGUCGCUUGCGCGAAUAGCAAGUGUAAUGUUUGGGUGGUGAAUUGUACUCCGCUGGGACUCUAUAACCAUUAUACUAUACCUCACUCACGUACAGUUACAAUUUUGGACACCAUUUUGGUACUGAAACCCAAAUCUAUAUCCCCCGAGACUAUUCUUCGCUUUGUAUGUCAUCUAACCCUCAAGGGAAUAUGACGUUAUAUUCUCACACCUCUGCAUAUUCCUUCUGUAAGUAAUUGACCCCUAAUUCUCAGCCAAAACUCACCGCUCUCUUUACUACCUCAGACUACACUAUCAAAACCUGCCACGUCUUUUUCAGGAGCAAAUGAAUUAUGAAUGAGACCCUCGCCCUAAUUGAGUGUGUUAAUGAGGGAUUAAAUUUGAAGUUGAUUGUAAUUGACUGGAAAGGUUACCUUUUAUUAUUUCCUAACUUUUUAAAAGAGAAUAUUUGUCGCGUUUAGGUACUUUUUGAUACAGCCCUAUUCUCUCUUUUAAGGUUGAGGUGAUGUGCAACGGUGAAAUUAUGGGUAAAGAUCACACGCUGGAGUUCGUAUACAUGACAAGAUGGCGGAUAAAGGUAGAUAAAGAUGAGGUUCUUAAUAUGAAGAGUUUCGGCUUGUAAUCUUUCUGGUAAAAAAAGGCUAUCAAUGAUAGUGUCUUUUGAACAUAAUGUAUCUCACAGGGUAGUACAGUCUAACCUGCAUGCGGAUCAGUCGGGGGAAGUUUGCCCUUGGAUAUUGGAGCUCACUGGAAGGGUUAAUGUACCUUUACUCUCAAGUUGACUCAAUGGCAUCUAUUGAUUCCAGCCAUGUGCAGGAAUGGGGCACCAUAAAGUCCAUAAAGCUCAGCUUACUUUUAUUUACGUAUACUGAUGCGAAUCUUGAUCUAAACAAGUAUUUGUCAUCAGAUAUUCCAUUUUUAAUUAAUUAUUUAAAAAUAAUUUCCAUUUGCUAUUAACCAUUUUUUUCCUUUUCAGGAAGGAUCCGUACUUACACUUCAGUACAGACCACGAAUGGAUUUUUUCUGA